GACAGCAAAAUGGCGACCGGAGUGGGAAAGCACAAGGUGCUGGCCCUGGGCCCCACGGAGCCCUGGUCGGUGAGAGAGAAGCUGUGCUUGGCGUCGUCCGUCAUGAGGAGCGGGGACCAGAACUGGGUGUCUGUCAGCAGGGCUAUCAAGCCCUUCUCAGAGCCAGGGCGGCCCCCUGACUGGUUCUCACAGAAGCACUGCGCCUCCCAGUACUCCGAGCUGCUGGAGACCACCGAGGCCCCAAAGCGGAAACGCGGCGAGAAGGGGGAGGUGGUGGAGACGGUGGAGGACGUGAUCGUGCGCAGACUCACGGCGGAGAGGAUAGAAGAGCUGAAGAAACUUCUGAGAGACACGCAGGAGAAGUACAGGAGGCUUAAGAAGGAGGCAGAGCUGAUCCAGGCCGGGCAUCUGGACUCCAAACUGGAGGAGCUGUGGGGAGAGAUCGUGCAAAAAAAGAAGCAGGAUGAGGAGGAGGCGGAACUGAAGAGGAAGGCCACUGAUGCCGCAUAUCAGCAUCGGCAGGCAAUGAAGAACACCCCAAAGCGAGUGACCAGUGUGACCGUACGCUCGCCUCUGGGUGCCAGCUCGCCUGGCCUGGAGUCCUCCCUUCCUGACACGCCCCAGCCCACACCGGACGACCCCUGCACUGCACCCACACCUGCAGGGCCAGCUGUUUUCAUCCCCCUGGCAGAGCCGUCAGGGCCCACAGCCACAGAGGCCAGCCUGGGGACUCUCCUGGAGGACUCCCCGCAGAAGAAGCUCCUGACCCAGAAGGCCACGCCGCCGGCCUCCCCCCUGCUCUCCGAGCUGCUCAAGAAAGGCAGCCUGCUGGCCGCAAGUCCCCGCCUGGUGGGGGACGGCGAUGUCCCGGCUGGUCUCGCCAACGGAGGGCACGGGGCGGACCUUCAGAUCACCGGCCCCUCCCUCCCAGCAGGCCAUGCCACCACAGGUGCUCCCACGCUGUCUCGUCUGCUGGAGGCCAGCCCCGCCCAGUUCCCCGCCCCCCUGGGCUCAUUGGCUGCCCCAGACCCCCCCAAUGCUCCUCCCACUCCCGCAGGUCCCCCUGCAUCGGACAGCCCAGCCUCGCACAACACAGGAGAGGACUCCGGUGUGAAUGCUACGGCCCAGAGCAGCCCCGCCCCAGAUGAGGGGAAGGGGGCGGAGCUGGGCGAAGAGGACCUGGUGGCUGUGUCCUACAUGGGGGACGAGCUGGACCUGGCGACAGUGGGGGACAUCAUCGCCAUCAUUGAGGAAAAGGUGGACGACUCCGCUGAAGCGCUGGAUGCUGCAGCAGUGGAGGCUGCUCUGUCCCUCUGUGAGGACGCUGUGGCUGGCCACACCCUCUCGGGCCCCUGGGAGGCCGCUGAGUCUUCUGUCCCCGCCCCUGAUCCUUUAGACCCCUCCCCCAACACCAUAGACUCCGCCCCCAGCGCUCUCGACCCCUCCUCCGCGCACGCAAACCUGGAGAUGAAGGAGGCGGCGGAGGAGGAAGAGGACGGGGACAGGGGAAGGGUCGAGGGUAUGGCUGAGCCUGGCCCCGCCCCCUCGUCUCCGGCGACCCCUGGCGGCGCACAGAUUGAAGCCGCGGGCCUCCAGCCUCAGUCACAGGCCGGAUCUGACAGGGAGGAGGGAGGCAGGGAGGGGGGCACCCCGAGCCCCUCGGUGAAGUGUGAGAGUGAAGAGUGGACCCAGCCAGGAAUGGACAUGCCCUGUGCAGAUUCAGAGGACAGUUCAGCAUCAGGGAAAGACUCCAGGGAGGUGAAGGAGGAGGACGGUGGGAGUGAGGCAGACGAGGGGAGCAUGUCGGAGCCGAAGGAGUGCGGGGAAGGGGAGGGGGAGGGGGCGUACCUGUCGGAGCUAGAGCCACCAGCCAGCGAGAGCGAGGACGGCUUCAGCCUCCCCGCCUCCUCCCUGCAGCGCUACACCACCGCCGACUCCGCCCCCAGCAGCCCCGCCUCCUCGCAGUUCUCCAUGAGCAGUGAGGACCAAGAAGCAAUCCAGGCGCAAAAGAUCUGGAAGAAGGCCAUCAUGCUUGUGUGGAGAGCAGCAGCCAAUCACAGGUACGCCAGUGUGUUCCUGCAGCCUGUGUCAGAUGACAUCGCACCAGGUUACCACAGCAUCGUUCACAGGCCCAUGGACCUGUCAGUCAUCAAGAAGAACAUUGAGACGGGUCUGAUCCGCACCACGGCGGAGUUCCAGCGUGACAUCAUGCUGAUGUUCCAGAAUGCGGUGAUGUACAAUAGCUCGGACCACGACGUGUACCACAUGGCCCUGGAGAUGCAGCGUGACGUGCUGGAGCAGAUCCAGCAGUUCCUGGCCACCCAGCUCAUCAUGCAGACCUCCGAGUCCGGCAUCAGCGCCAAGAGCCUUCGCGGCCGCGAGUCCACCCGCAAGGACUCCACCGACAAGGACAGUGUCCCCAUGGCCUCUCCUGCUUUCCUUCUCUCUCUCUUUGUAAGUAUCCAGUCUGCAGGGUUACACACACUCUCCCUACACACACGCAUGCAUGCGCCCCUUAUACAAACACACGAUGACUCGCUGUGCGAGCAGGAGUUUGAAGAGGGGGAUUGGCUUCUGCUGUAUGAAGACAGCAACACAGACAGCGAGAUGGACAGAGGGGCGGAGUCGAGGGGCAGUCCGAGAGAGGAGGAGAAGGAGGAGGAGGAGGAGGAGAUGGAGCAAGAGGCAGGGGAGGAGUGUCCCAGCCCCUUGAACGAGAAGGAUGGAGAAUCGGAGGUGGACGCGGUGGAGACGGCCGAGUCGCAAACCGACGGCCACGCGGGCGGGGAGUCUGCCGAAGCUGUAGCAGACCGCUGCGUCUCUGAGCAGGGGAGCACCUGUGGCGAAGACGGAGCUGUGGGCGCCACAGAAAGCCCCGGCAGGCGCGCCUCUUGUCAGGAUUUUCGGAAGCUGCUGCGGGACAUUUGCAAUGACAUCUCGGGACACAAGUACGCCGAGCUUUUCCUGAGGCCCGUCAAUGAGAAGUUCGCUCCUCACUACUACAGUGUCGUCAAAAGGCCUGUAGACCUGCAGACCAUCCGGAGGGCCGUGGCCAGGGGCGAAGUGGACAACCUGGAGACACUGAACCACCAGCUGAUGCUCAUGUUCCAGAACGCGCUCAUGUUCAACAGUCAGGACAGCCAGGUGUACCACGGGGCCCGUGCCAUGCAGCGGGAGGUGCUGCAGCACGUACAGAUGCUGAUAGAUGAGGUUCAGUCAUGUGACCAUCUGAAAGGCUCCUCCCCCUAAAGACCAUGAUUGGAGAGACAGGAGAGGGGAACCAAUCGCACUUGCCUCUGCUGUGCAUCAUUACUGACUCGGAACAGUGGCACGCUUCUUCGUUCCAGCUUUGCUGACAACGGCCAUCAUUGUGUCAGGCAGUCGUCCUUUAAAUUGCCUGCAAAUAAGCUAUGUAAUUUAAUUUUUUUUAUGGGGGAAAAAAGCUAUUGGUGACUAGUUAGCACGGGCAGCUGAAAUGUAAAUGACUGAUUUUGUUUAGCAGAUCUUUAAGUAGACCACAGAGUGGGCUGUGCAGAUUGUGCCUGUGAGAUUUCUUUAUUGGACAGAGUAAAAGCAAACGUUUGGUAAACUCUGUAAAUUAGAUUUCA